AUGGCGGUCACCACUCUCCUCUCCGAUUCCUCAGUGGAAUCGGUGAAGCAGGCCGUUCGCUCCACGUCAACAUGUUCGAAUGCCACCGUCAUCUCCCUCCAGACCCUUUUCCGCGGGCUAUCGAAAACGGCGCCCGAAUCCGAUAAAACCACAGUAAAGAGGGGGACAAGGACGACAAAAACUACGGCAACUUCUACUCGCCCGAAGUCAUCGAGAGGGACAAAGAUCUCCGCACAAGAAGCGGCCAUCAACACAGUCAUGGAAAUGGACGCUGCGCGUCUGUCAUUCCAAGAGAAGCUUGUCCUCGCCACGGAUGUCUUUAACACCACCCUCAAGACCCUUUCGGAUGCUUCGAAGCAAUGUGCUAAACGCGACGACGCUCGGGUUCGGACCGCGUGUGCCUCCCCGUCGACAAGUCAUGGUGUGAAAUCACCCAGAAAGUUGAAGACGUCACAGGAGGAUGAGCUGGAUGCUGGGUUGGUCGCUGUGGCGGAAUGUGCAAGCACGGCUUUGUCUUCACUAAGGAGCUUAAAAGGGGACCAAGUUGAUCAGCAGGAUGCUCUUCCGAACAUGCAGCUGGAGCAAGGUGCAUGCGUCUUGGCGGGGAGGUAUCUGUCACUGGGGCUGAAUGACAUGGCUUCUAAAGAAUUGAGAGGACUUAAGAGAAGACUACAACAACAUCUGGACAACCAGGCUACAGUACGACCAAAGACUACGAGUAGGAGGAAAAAUGAGGCUCAGGAGGAGGAAAACACCAAAGAACGGAUGUCUGAUUUCCUUACGUUUGCCAAUUUUGACCACGCCGGCCCGGUGCUGAGCGUACUGGUUCCCUUUCAAUCUAAUGCGCUACGACUGAUAGCAUCAGAAAAGAAACUUGCAACCGUCCAGAAAGUCGCGUCCUCGUUGCAGUUGGCCGAAUUAAGCAGCCCAGCGAAUGUCAUCGUGGCGGCCACGGAAUCGGGUGCUCUCACCAAAGACAAAGCAGCACUUCAACUCCAGCUGCUCUCUAAUACAGUAUUAUCCCUGGCUGGAGUCCACCAGCCAUCGACUAGCAGCACAACCCGCGAUCGUCUAAAGCCGUUUACGUCGUUGUCCCUUCAAUUAUUGUCCUUGGAGAUCCGGUGCAUGAGCUGGAAACUGUCUGGUCACACCUGCGAUGAAGGCAAAGAGAUGUGGGAUCCAUUGACGCGUUACCUUGCCAACUACUCUCAUCACAGCAAAUCUAUCGAGAAAGCUGAGUUUGCAUCCAUUUACAAAACAAUCGUUCGACUCCAAACCGCCGUGGCGAAUACGCAAAAACGCACCACGGCCAGUCUGAGAGAUAAUGUCUCGGUUGCCAGGAUUGCCACUAUACUAGGACAGCUUGCUCAAGAGGCCGGGUGCUUUGACGAAGCUUUGAAGCUUUUUACCGAAGCCGUCAACCCGCUUUCUAGCGGACAAUGCCUCUCGCUCGCCACUGUUCGUUGCAAGAUUGCAUCUUUGCACCUUCAAGCUAGCAAAUCUUCCAAACCCUCACUCGACAAGGUUACGAAUGUUGUAUCUGAUGCGACUUCCUCACUGAGCAUGCCCUUGAAAGGGAGUCUCAGUGAUCUCGACGAGCUGCUUGUUGAGGCAGCAAAACUCAAAAAGCUUACUAUGAGUGCUUAUGGGGACUUGGCUACGAAGGCAGGGGAAAAGAAUGGAAUUGAUAUUUCCCAAAUCUACGAAUAUCUCCCUGCUUUCUUGCGGUUUUUGCGUCGCUAUGUUGGUCGGCCAUCUUCGUCCGAUAAUGAGUCGAAAGAGGAUGACUUGUUUCUUACGCGGGUUCGUGCGUGCAGAAAUAUUGUCCUCUCGGCAGUGGAUUCAGCGCUCGCUGUCGGUAAAUUUUCAGUUAUGUCACAAAGGCCUCCCUGGGAAGACGUCCUCUCCGCACUGACAGACUGCCAGCGUCUUCUGACGGCUAUUGACAUCGCGGAUAAAGAAGCUGAUCCGUCAGUACUAGAGCAAAUUGGUGCGGCAUUCGUUCGGUUGUCAAACCUGUUUUGGUCACGCUAUCUGAAGGAGAAAGAACGUGGGAAGGGAUAUCGUGAGCUGGUACCUCUGGUGAAGCACUCUGCGAAUCUUUUGUCCAGUUGCUCAGCAGAACAACGAAACACGGGGUUCGCGGCUUUGAAGUACGAACGGCUUGCGUAUCUCUACAUGGAAGGCAACAGGGGCGCCGAAGCCGAACAGGCUUUCUCUCAAGCCAUCCAAGAGCAUAUCGACACAGGAGUGUUGGACGGCUUGAUUUCUAGUCCCAACUUUCCUUACCGAACUUCUCAGGAUCCCAAAAGCAGCGGGUUCAUGCUUGGUCGAGUCCUUACUGCGUACCUGAAGUUGCAGCUGAAGCUGCGUGGCAAGUCAAAGUCUAACGGUUUCUUUGAUGACGAGUCGCAAUCGCUGUUGGUAAGAGGUCAUAUCAUGGAAUGGCAGAUGGGCAUCCUGACUGAGCUACAUUCACAUGCUUCCAGCGAUGAAGCGUUUCGGUCACACUUUACUUGCCUUGUGUCCAAGCUGCUUGGUCUAUACGAUCCGGAAGUCUACCCUAUUCGCCGCUUACGAGUAGUCUUGGGCGGACUGCGUUCGUCCCUGGAACGCCCGAACUGUUUGGAGUCAACAGUAUUACAAGAUCUACUUGAGGAAGCCUUGGAGGCCAUAGAACUUGGUGACUACGCUGAGGAUGGUGCUUUGGCGACUUUAGCGACUCAUUUGCAUAAUUCUGUGCGCCUUAGUGUUGGUCUUCUGCAGGGGGACCUACAACCUGAAUCUCUCAAUCUCAUGAUAUCCUCGUGGACCUCUCUGAUGCGCAACUGCAACGAUGGUGUAACCUUGAUACAAUACGUCGGCGAUGAUGAACACUACCUCCUUCAGCUGAAGGCCGUAGUUGACUACACAGAGAUUCAUGGACUUUGGAAGCUCCAGCUUUCAACGCUUGAAUUGGUCUUACGUGUCACGGAGCUUCAAGAACAUGGUGACUUUUCCGAAGCCAUAAUCGUAAUUGCGCGUCUUGUACAGCAAAAUUGUCGACUUGGAUACUGCAAAAAGGCCGGUGAUCUUCUCACUCGCGCAGAGCAGUACCUCGGCCCUAACGUAUCUUGCCUGGCCACCCUAUCACACAAGCUGGCGGGGGUAGCCUACCUCCUGGAAACCGGCGAGACUGACAAGGCGGCGGCCAACCUAUCAACAGCCAGAAUUCUCUACGAGAAAAACCAGAAAAAGCAGGAUUUGAGCAGCUGCUCUGUUCUGGCCAAGAUUGCCUGGGAAAGGCUGGUCGCGGAUGCAGCUUUCAUGAGUUCGCAGCUCUCUUUUGCCCAGGGAGUCAUCAAGGACGCUCUCUUUUUUGCUAAGCUAUCCGUUCGAUUGAACUGUAGGAUAUGGGCUAAGGUUGAGAAAAUCUCCCAGAGGAAACAGGAAAAGAGCUUGCCUGUCCCUGUUAUCUCCGUGGGGGAUAGCUCCGAGCUUGACAACAUUGUUGAAACCAUGGCCAAGCUUGAUGUAUCGCAGGCGAACCAUACAACAACUUCUGUCUAUACCCAGGGAGCUCCUUUUUGGCCGCACAUCGGCUCACAUCACACCUCCCUAUUAAACCUUGCGAGUCUAUCUGCACAUCACGGCCUGUUCCAGGAUGCCAUCUACUACGGCGAGCAGGCGCUGAAGAUCAACAAGACACUGAACGCCCCUGUUCGUUUGAUCAAUUCUCAAGCGCAACUUGGGUCCCACUGGAUUCUUGGAGGGCAUAUCUCUGAAGGCCAAGAACUCCUCACAGCUGCCGAGAAAUUGUCUAAGCAGUUGGAGAGCAGUGUUGAGCUCGCGUCGCUGCAGAUGGGUCUUGCCUCUCUUUAUAGAGCACAGGGCCAUUACCGUGAUGAACUGCAGGCCCUUCUGGAGGCGGACCGGAUCAUGGCUGAUUUUGGCAGCCUGGAUGUGUCUGAUGUGGCUUCGGUUUCCUCGGGUGUCCUGGAGCUAGAAGAUAAAAUGGAGAGUCUCCGAAUCCGACCGAGCAGCAGGAGGACGAAGCAGCCCGCGGCGACCACUCGCCGAACCCGUGCUACUACCUCAGCUAGAAAACCCACCAAGGUCGACGCCACCCCUUCGAAAGCUGCCGACACCGUGCCUGAAUCAAAGUCCCUGUUGCAGAUCAGAAGCGACAUCCUGCGGCAACAGGCCGCUUGCUGCCGCUCCUUACGAGAUUUUGAGAGAGCCUCAUGUCUGCUCAACAACGCCCGACAAUAUGCAGUCUCCAGGGACAGCCAGAUCUCGGUGCAUCUUGGGGAAAGCGAGCAUUUCCUCGCAGAGGCUAUUCGCCACUUUGCUUCUCAUGCUGUAUAUUGCGUUCUUCCCGAAUCGACAAUUUCGCUGCCUUCCCUGCAAUCGCCAAGCAAGACUACGAGCACAUCUAAGGCUGCCACCAAGAGCACAGCCCGGAAGCCCCGAGCACCUGCUAGAGGGACACGGUCCCGAGCGCAGACAGCAAGCGAAGACUUCGCUGUGAUGCUUUCCAAGGCUGGCGAUUGUCUCAACAAUGUGUUUGCUACUGCUACUACCGUGGGCUCCACACUGGAUAGCCACUCGGCUUCACGCUUGAUGAGUCGUAUCUCUAUGCUGUCUCAUGUUACAGCCGCCGAGAGCAUAUCCGCCUGGUCGCAGCCUCCUGCUAAUGUUAAUGAACUUGGCCGUAUCGGUGCUUUCGCACGUGAGCAUACUGCGAUUGAUCUUGACAAGCAGCUGGCGGAGUAUAACGACCCGCUUCUUUGGCCUACGCCCUCCCCGAUGAUGGCAGAAUCCGAGGAUCUGUGUAGCUCGAGGUUUGUGGAAGAGUACAUUGAUAUCCUACCCGACAAUUGGAAUGUUCUUUCAUUAUCGUUGAGCGCCGACCGCAGCGAGUUCAUUGUCUCACGACUGCAUCAAGGUCGUUCCCCAUUCCUUUUGCGGCUUCCCUUGAAGAGAGGCAACUCUGAGGAGGAGGACGAGCAGUUUACUUUCGACGACGGCCGGGAGGAGAUGCAGGAGCUGAUCAAGCUGGCCAACGAAAGUUCUCACGCGGCCAAAGCUCAGACAGAUCGGCAGAUGAAGAAGGAUUGGUGGAAGAACCGUGAAGCUCUCGACCGUCGGAUGGAGACACUGUUGCAGAACAUUGAGAAUGUAUGGUUCGGGGGGUUCCGAGGAAUCUUCUCCCCAGUGCCUCAUGAUACUACUUCCCUGACUCGAUUUGCAUCUUCAUUCCAGUCCAUCUUGGACAAACACCUUCCUUCUCGACAGAAGGGUGGUCGGGCAGAGGGUCCGCGCCUGACCCUGCACCCGAACGUGCUGGAGCUGUUCAUCGGUGUCGCGGACCUGGACGACCAAGAAGAUCCGGAAGAGACGUUGAUGGAUCUUUUGUACUUCGUGGUGGAUAUUCUACAGUUCCAGGGCGAGCGCAAUGCCUACGAUGAGAUUGACUUUGAUAUGAUGGUGGUUGAAACCCUCGACGCGGUUCGGGCCUACCAUGACGCCACCAGCAACCGCCGGGGCAAACCCACCCCGAACCAUACCGUCUUGGUUCUUGAUAAAUCCCUACACCUAUUCCCGUGGGAGUCUCUCCCAUGUCUCCAGGGAUUCCCUGUGUGUCGUGUGCCGUCGUUGGAAUGUCUACGUGACCGAGUCCUGCAGUUCCAAAACAAGCGCAACUCGGACCUUGCCAGGGGCGUGGGCAUCGACCGCAACAGUGGCACCUACAUUCUGAACCCUACUGGGGAUCUUCGCACGACCCAAAGCACGUUUGAGAAGGAUCUCUCAGAGCUGCAGGGUUGGACGGGCAUUAUGCAGCGCGAGCCGAGCGAAGAAGAGUUCAAGCGCGGCUUGGAGACGACGAAUCUCUUCCUGUACUUCGGACACGGCAGCGGUGCGCAGUACAUUCGGGGUCGGACGGUCAAGCGACUGGAGCAAUGUGCCGUUGCGUUCCUGAUGGGGUGCAGCAGUGGUACCUUGACGGAGGCGGGCGAGUACGAGCCUUACGGCACGCCGAUGAACUAUCUUCAUGCCGGCAGUCCGGCGCUCGUUGCGACCCUUUGGGAUGUUACCGAUAAGGAUAUCGAUCGGUUUGCGCAGUCUACGUUUGAGAAAUGGGGACUGUUUGAUGCCGGAUCGGACGGGGCGACAUUGGAUGAAGCGGUGUCGCAGUCGCGACCGGCGUGUGUGUUGAAGUAUUUGAAUGGAGCGGCUCCAGUGAUUUAUGGCGUUCCGUCGGUGUUUUUGGAAUAA